AUGGUGGGACCGCUAUGGCGCCUGCGCAGUUACCACCCAAGAUGCGCAAACGCUGAUGGCGCGUGGACUGUACCCCUCGGCCUAUUCCAGGAGCAUGACAUUCCGCUGAACCCGGGCAUUGCGAUCACUUUUCCGGUGACCAUUUCCACAGCCCCCGUUUUCAUGACCUCUGCUGAGCUUCGCGAGAAGUGGAAGACCCCUGUAACCGCGCUCACUAACUCAGAGUCUAUGGCCUCUAACCAGCAUGGUUCAAAUCAGCGCAAUACAACACGCGUGAUGCCGGACGUUACUAGAAUACAGGAAUGGACCAAGAAGCUUAAUGCAGACCCACAAGCACAUCAUGUCUGGGAAUGCCUCCGCGACAUCCCCGUCCUGGAACCGGACACAGUCUCCAUCGACAAGCUCAUUGACAAUUUGUGGCAGACAACCUUGCUUCUCGACGCAGCGAGGGCCAACCUGACGUCAGAAGAAGCUAAGUACUGGACCAAGCUGGAAAGUAACAUCUCCGAGCUACAGGCGUCCUACUCUUCAUACGUCGCCAAGGCCAGCCCUACGCUAGCCUCCAUGAACGUGGCAACCCGUGAGCCUGCCAGAUCUCGUUGGGACCUCGCACUUCAACUCUGUUCUCGCAACAAGUCUGUUAGCACUGAGCCAGAUAGCACCACCGCCAUGGGGUUGCCGAAGCCCAGCAGCCCGGCCCCAAGCUCCCAAAAUGAUGAGGACCUCGACAUUACUUACUAG